CUGCAAAGUAUCUCCAACUCCCACCUCCUAAGUCCUACCUAACUUAUCCCUUCCCUCCAUGUUCCAUGUUCCACGUUCCAUGUUCCAUUCCCUUCCUCCUCCAUCACCUCCCUGUCCCCACCUUCCUCUCGCCUUCCUUCCCCCGCCCUCCGCCCUAUAAAUAAACACCUUCCCUCCUCCAUCCUUCCUACAAUCGAACGCCCAUCUCUCAAUCAAUUAGCCACCUUUUCUUCACUUAUAAUCCCUUCACCAACAUGUGCAAUUCCAAGGUAAAGUCCGGCCAUACAAUGGAGGUGGCGGAUAUCGGCGGCCGUCCGGUCCUGCAGCCUGCCUCCAACCGCAUCGGCCCGCUGGAGGCUGCUCAGCCGCUGAAGAAGACCUUGCAGAAGUCCCUCUCUUUGCCCUCCUCGUUCGCUAAAAAUGCAGCUCGAGCGGAUGGGGAUCACAAUGCUCCUGUGACUCCUACUAAGCUCUCGCCCCCUGUCUCGCCCAAGCCGAAGCAGGCUAAGGCUGCUCCUCAGCGAGGCAUUGAGUCGAACGGGUUGAGUACGAGCAGUGAUAAGCUUGCGGUGCCGAAGCCGACUCCCACUAAGUUACCGCGUCCAGUGAUGAAGAGGUCAAUGAGCUCCGUAGGAGCCGGCCAACUGGCUGUGUCGUCGGAAUCGAUGGCCUUGCUUGGUUUUGACAGGGCUCCCGGCAGCAUCGCCGCGGCGCAGAGGGAGCACGCCGUGCUCGCUCAAGCGAAGCGCAAGAUGCGGAUUGCGCACUACGGCCGCACGCCGGCGAAACUUGACGGAAACGUAGUUCCUGUUGACUCAUCAACGAUCGAUGAUGUGAAUAGUCAAGAUGAGAAGAGAUGCAGUUUCAUCACAUCAAAUUCUGAUUCUGUGUAUGUUGCAUACCAUGAUGAGGAGUGGGGAGUGCCCGUCCAUGAUGACAAGAUGCUAUUUGAAUUACUAGUAAUGGCAGGAGUUCAAGUUGGUUUGGAUUGGACUACCAUAUUGAAGAAAAGGGAGGAAUUCAAGGCCGCUUUUGCUGAGUUCGACGCAGAGUUGGUGGCCAUGUUCACUGAGAGGCAAAUGGCAUCAGUUUGUGCAGCUUGUGUGUUGGAUAUAGGAAAGGUUAGGGGAGUAAUCGACAACGCGAAGAGAAUCCUUGAGGUCAGAAGAGAGUUUGCAUCAUUUGCCAAUUACUUGUGGGGGUUCAUCAACCAUAAGCCCCUCUCUCCCAACUACAGGUCCUGCAGGAAAAUCCCGGUUAAGACAUCCAAAUCAGAGUCCAUCAGCAAAGACAUGGUGCGCCGUGGGUUCCGGUUCGUUGGCCCGACCGUGAUCCAUUCCUUCAUGCAGGCUACCGGGAUGACAAAUGACCACCUCGUCUCAUGCCCCCGCCACCUUCAUUGCUCCAUGACAACAAUCACCAAUGCCAAUGACUACCCUGCUUGACCAUCACUUUGUAAAUUGAUUAGCUAAGUGAGAUUAGGUACCCUCUGCUUAUUUGUGAUAGAGGAAUCUAGUGAGCUGUGACCACUUGUGUAACAUGGUUGUCAAGUGUGUGUGAUUGAGUGUUUUUCCUUUAUUUUUUCUCAAAUUUAAUGAUAGGAAUGCUAAGGAAGGAGAUUGCAUAAUUGCAUGUGCCGAGGGGACAUGGCAUGUGAGCUGACAGCAAUUAGCAUGUAUUGCCAUGUGAUCUGACCACUACGACCUCAAUAAUUCCUCGAGUCAUCAUCCAACUCAGCACCCUUUCAGGUCAUGCCAUUGGGGAAGAAGAAUAUUUAAUAACAAGCAAUUGCUUUCCCUACUACUUUUCUUCCGUUUAGGUUGUGUGUGUGUGUGUUUGUGUGGCUUGCAUGCUUGAAUGCUUGGUCGAAACGGCUGAGAUAUGCCAUCCAAUCUUCUGAAAUUGUGGCUUAAGAGACGAUAAAGGAAUAUAGAAUGUGAAAUUUCGAUUUGGUUGACAAUUAAAUGUAUACCUAUUGCAUUG